GGAGCCUGCUCCUCUCACUGGCUCUCAGAGAGGGGAAUGUCAGCAGCUGCUGAGCGGGAAGUCUGUGGAUGACUGGAGACAUCAUGGACAGAAGGACACAUAUGGAUAGUUCCCCAGUUAUUCGGGAUGCUGAAAUCUCCAGAACAGCUAGGCGCCAAAGUUCUCAUCAAAGAUUAUCCUCUAAUGACAGCUGGAGUGGAUCUAAUCCAGGAAGAACCUCCAUGGCUUCAAAGACUCCGGCAUCUCUUCUCCGACAGAGCAUGACUCCACAGCAUUGGACUACAGCAAGGCCGCCCGAUGUGUCUGCAAUUAUGGGUUCAGCUGGCAGAUCACCUCGUUUAGUCCAGACUCCUGGCCGCUUGCUAGAUGUUUCUUUGCUGCCAAAUCUGGAUGACAGUGCAUACACAGGCUCGUUUUCUCCUCAGCGAACUGGUGCUUUUACAUUUGACAGUCCCAGCUUUAUUGAGGACAUCACACUUAGUGCGGUCAUGAUGAGAGAAGAAGAUCCCGGAGAAGCUGCAACAAUGAGUCUAUAUCAGGAAUUCCUGAAGUCAUUUCAGAAGCUUCCUUCCAGUGCAGUUUUUGACCUUGUGGGAGAGUAUGAAAAUUUAUGCAGUGAACAGGUUAGUUUACUGAAAAAGAUUGUCAAUCGUGUCACUCCAGGGCAGCAAAAGUUUUCGAAAACUGCCAGUGUCUUAUGGUUACUUCGACAAGAAAUGGUGACUUGGAGGUUAAUUGCAUCCCUAUACAGAGACCGGAUACAGUCUGCAUUAGAAGAUGAAAAUAUGUUUGAGAUUGUGACACCAAAUGCCAGUGAGAAAAUGAUUGUGGACAAACUGUUUGAGCGGGAUUCGCUUGUAAGACAAAGCCAGUUGGUAGUAGAUUGGCUGGAAAGUAUUGCCAAGGAUGAUGUCGGUGAUUUCUCUGAGAACAUUGAGUUUUAUGCUAAAGCAGUAUACUGGGAAAAUACUCUACACACAUUGAAACAGAAAAGUUUUUCAGUAUUGGGAAGCAAGCGACCAUUGGUCACAGAAUUGGAUCCCGAUGCUCCCAUAAGACAGAAACUUCCUUUGGAUGAUCUUGAUCGUGAAGAUGACAUUAGACUUCUGAAGUAUCUCUUCACCUUGAUCAGAGCUGGCAUGACUGAAGAGGCACAACGGCUGUGUAAAAGAUGUGGUCAAGCCUGGAGAGCAGCAACAUUAGAGGGAUGGAAACUUUAUCAUGACCCCAACAUAACUAAAGGUGGAGAUUUGCAGCAAGUUGAGGGCAAUCCAUAUCGCUGUGUGUGGAAAACUUGCUGCUGGCGUAUGGCUGAUGAUGAGCAGUUCAGUAGAUAUGAAAGAGCGAUUUAUGCUACGCUGAGCGGAAAUCUAAAGCAGCUCCUUCCUGUUUGUGAAACUUGGGAAGACACAGUUUGGGCACAUUUCCGAGUAAUGGUGGACAGUCUGGUUGAACAAGAUAUCCGCGCUUCUUUUAUUUCCUCUACAGAAGAAGAUGAAUUGCCCAGAGAAUACUUUGAAGCAAACUGGACUUUAGAGAAGGUUUUUGAGGAACUGCAGGCUACAGAUAAGAAGAGGGUGUUGGAAGAAAAUAAAGAACAUUACCAUAUUAUUCAGAAGUAUAUAAUUCUGGGAGAUGUGGAUGGUUUAAUGGAUGAGCUCAGUGAAUGGUUGUCAAAAGGAAAAAAUCUGCUCCUUGGUCACCUACUGCGUUUCUUGACACACCUGAUAUUGUUCUUCCGAACUCUAGGACUGCAAACCAAGGAGGAAGUGUCAGUGGAGUUGCUAAAGACUUACAUACAGAAACUUGUCAAUGAGAAGCAAGUUAGUUUGAUUGCGUUCUACGUCAGCCACCUUCCACAAAAACUGGGCAUCGAUCAGUAUGCUGCAUUUCUGGAAAAUGUGACUGAACCAGAACAGCGUCAUCAGUGUCUGGAGCUUGCAAAGGAAGCAGGUUUGGACGUUGCAACAAUAACUAAGAGUGUGGUGGAAAACACACGAAGGAAAAAUGUAGGCGAAUUUGCUCAUCAUGACUUAACACCAGCUCUGGAUUCUGGCACCAAUGAGGAAGACAAAGCAAAGAUCGAUGUGAUAGACUGGCUGGUUUUCGAUCCGGCACAAAGGGCUGAAGCUCUUAAGCAAAGCAAUGCUAUCAUGCGGACAUUUCUGGCCUCAAAGAAGCAUGAAGCUGCAAAAGAUGUAUUUGCUAAAAUACCUCAGGAUUCGAUAGCGGAGAUCUAUUCUCAAUGGGAAGAGCAAGGGAUGGACAGUGCUUUACCAGCUGAGGAUGACAAUGCUAUCCGGGAGCAUCUGUGUAUAAGAGCCUACCUGGAGGCACAUGAAGCAUUCAAUGAGUGGUUCAAGCAUAUCAAUUCUCCACCGCAGAAACCAGGACUAGUUGAACAUGCUUCUUUCACAGAGAAAGUGGCUUUUGAGCACAAGGAAAAGAAGUAUGAGAUGGAGUAUAGUACCUGGAAUAAUCAUCUGGAUAUGCUAACAGUUGAUGUCAAAGAGAAAAUUUACAAUGUUUUGCUGUUUGUUGAUGGAGGCUGGAUGGUGGACGUAAGAGAUGAUGUGGAAGAAGAUGCUGAGCGUAAACACCAGAUGGAACUGCUCCGGAGUCUCUGUUUGCCCACAAUGUGUUUUUUGCUGCACACAGUACUACAUAAUACAGAACAAUACCAGGAUUGCCUCCGCCUGGCUGAUGUAAUCUCAUCUGAAAAUCAGAAGCUAUAUAAGGUGUUCUCCAAGACAGAACUAAAGAAACUAUUGCGAAAACUAAGAGAAUCAUCGCUAAUGUUGUUGGAUUUACAGCUUGAUCCUUUGGGUUAUGAAAAUCAACCCUGAAGUCACUUCAGAAACUGGUUAUCUGGUAUCCUAAUAGUUUGUAAUUUUUUUGUACUAAAAACAAUAAAUAUAAUUUUCUUUGUA